UAUAAUGAACGAUAUCGCCACAGUUUUAAGUCUUAAUCGAUACAACGCCAUUUCUUCGAAUAAAAAAGAUACCGGGCUUUAUUUACACACGUUUUGCUGGCUGUUCCGACAUAGUCGACAAAAUGUAUUUACAGCUUCAAUCCAAAAGUAGAUUUCUCGACCUUCAUUUAACCAGCGGCUUACAUGACUGGGACAUGAACGAAGAAAUAAAGUUAACGACGACGACUGACCAGUUUUACCACGAUGACAAGCGGACUGACCAGUAUCUGGCGCAGUGGCACUACGCGAGAAUCUCCAGAAGAUCAUUACCGGCCGAAGCUCACAGGAGUUUCCUGCUCCCGCUCAGCGCCAGAGAGCCUGAAAUACAACCUAAUCUGUGGUUGAUGGUGAAUCCCAGUUUAGCCUGCCCCAUAAAAUACCCUAUUAAUCACCUCAAAGCCCCAACACCCCCAAAACCAACAGCACUUUCCACAAUGCCAAGAACCACCACACCUGUUCUGGAACAAAGUGUGCGGCCAGUGAUCCUGCCUGAUGAGACCUGCCUGAAUGAGUCAGUGCACGACACCUCCCUCUCCAGCGAGUAUCAGUUCACAGAUGAAGAUGACGCCUCCUCUGUAGACGUGCCUGUUUGUCGUAAGGUGAAGGGUGCUCGGAAGGGGAGGACGCCCAAAGCGUCCACUCGCAAACUGGGUCUGACGCAGAACCGAAGGCUUCAGAGAGCGCUGCAGGACAGCAUCAACCUGAAGAACGGCGGAUGGCCUCGGCCACCUGUUAACUACUGCAUCCUCAUCGCCAUGGCCCUCAGCAGCAGCCGUAACGGCAGUCUUAACGUACAGCAGAUCUAUAACUUCACCAGAGAGCACUUUCCCUUUUUCCUUACAGCUCCAGAUGGGUGGAAAAACACAAUCCGACAUAAUUUGUGUUUCAGCAACAGUUUUAAAAAGACCCCACAGCAGGUAUCUGGAGAUGGCAAGAGGAAGUCGUGUCUGUGGCAUCUCACUCUGGACGGCCGACAGAGACUGAGAGAUGAAAUUCACACACUUACAGGAGAUUCCUUCAGAAUGCUGAAGAGGAGCAUGAACUAUCCAGAUAUGAUUCAAGCGUUGUUAGAGCUGUAAUCUAACUUUGACCCCUGACAAAUGAGAUCAUCUGGCUGGACGGCAGGACCUGCCAUGAUAUAUUUUUCUUUAUGAAUUUGUGAAAUAUUAUCACCUUUCUCUUUAAUUUCAUUGUUAUUUAUGAAAUUUUCUUUUUGUGUGCCUGUUUCCUUUUUCCUCAAUGUACUCAUUGUGCCUUAUUAAAUAAACAAAUGCAUAUUA